AUGAAGUGGCCUAUAUGCGGACCAAAAUUAUCUUUAUGUUGUUCAAUUAUUUCAGUAUGGGGUAUAGUACAAUUUAUAUUAAUGGGUAUAUUUUUCUUUGUUGAAGCAGCACCAUUAUUAGAUGAUUUUGAAUUUGAUGCUAAGAAUGCAACAGACAUAAACGAAUUUGAAAGUGGACUUAAAACAGCUUUUCAUCAACGUGCUUAUAAUUGUUGGAUUGCAGCAUUUCUUUAUGUUGCUCUAUUAGUAUUUUCUGGUAUGCAAUUUAUGACAAAUCUAAAAAAAUCAUCAUCACCAACACAUGUUCCAACAUCGAUGACAUCACCAUUCGCUGGUGUAACAACAGAAGAAAAUGGUUUUAAUCAACAUUAUGGAAUAAAUUUUCCAACCGGUGGUGGUGGUCAAAGUGAAACAUAA